AAUCUCGAGUCCCUUUCGCACUUGCCCGCUACUCACAUGAGUUCUAGAUCGUUUAGUUUUCUUGGUUUUCAUUUGCUCGCCAAAUUUUAGCAACGUUGCUGGUUUAAUCGGCUGCACCUGCAAUCGCGGUUAAUCAGAGAGCGCCGAGCACUAAAGUUCCCAUUGCCAAACGAAACGUCCCGAUUUGCUCGAUUUGGAACUGGAACGGACCAUGAAAACAAGCAAUCUCGGCCUGUACGCUUUCCGUUUAACCUUCGGUCAGGCGCCGACGUUGUCCACACAGGCCACGACGCACUGCAGCCAUGGCUUCACCACCAGCUCGUCGUCGCCCAACCGUGUGGUGACCCGCUCUGCCACCAUGCUGGCGCUCUUCGGCAUCGCGCUGUCCUCGUUCAGCCUUAAGCAACUGCUGGCCAAGAAGCAGAAGCACCAGGGCCUGCGCAAGCUCUAGAAUGGAGCUAUAGCCAGAAAGAUUAGAGCGAUGCCAACGCCAACGGUUGAAGCGGCGAUGAGGAGCCAGAGCGCCAUGUCCUGAGGUCACACAUUCGAUAUUUUCAUCAUCCGCCAUCAUCGUGUAUAUUUGCCUAAGUUAAGUCACCCACUCACCACAGACCCAAGCGGAACUCGGACAUGGAGGCUUGUUUUGUAAUAUUCUGUUCGAUAAACUAACUGAUCGGAGGCGAGGAUCUGUGCGCAUAUAUAGAUAUAUUUUCUUGUUUACACAUGCACACCAUGCGUCGCCAACUAAAAGGAAUAAAUUUGUGAUAAAUCGUGUAUGAAAAAAGCCCAUCGGCAGACAAACUGAACGAAGGAGCGAUGGAGGAGAAGAUUCGCUGAGCUUGCGGGAAUCCCAAAUUUUCCUAUACUCUUUUGUUGCCCGUUUUAGUAAUAUUUAUUUUAUGUGUAAACAAGUCUAUUAUAUACGUAUAUUUAUUUACAAGUUAUUUGCAAACCAGAGAAACGACUAAGUAGGGAGGUAUAAAACAAUAAUGACUUCGUUGGACUGCAGAUCGCCGAGCAGGCUGUGUCAGUAUCCAAGAAACAAACUAGUUCUAGUUCCGUAUUCAAAUAAAUGCAUUAUAUUCAAUUCGAAAAUAUUGAUUUUUAUUUCUAGUUUCCGUUAAAACAUGCAUGCUAAAGCACAUAUGAAUAUUAAGCCAGCACCUAGAGGUUAUGAAUAAAACAUUUUUAACAUUUUCCUAUAGUUCCUAGUCUAAUAUAAAAAAUAAUUAUUUGUUCCUCGGGUUAGUGACUCGUUGAUGAUUUGCGUGAAAACUAAGUACUUUAAAAGAAUCAACAGCAUAACAUAAACUUUCGGCUGUCAAGGCCUAGAUACUCUAUACCCUUGAAAAGUUAUAUUUACGUUAAAAUAGCUUAUCCACCAUCCGUAAGUUCGCUGUAAAUCCCCAAUCUAUUGAAUAGUUUCUUUUUUCUUGUUUAUGCAAAUAAAUACUUUAAUUCCCAAAAAAUAAUGUUGUGGUUAUUAAUAAUAUUAAUAUUAAUAAGCCAACAUAUUAUCUAAA